UGGGCUUUAGUGCUAAUUGUUUAAACCAGUUCCACUUCCACUCCACCACUCCCUAGCUCCAUCCAUGGCGUCGCUGACCACCAGCUCCUGCCUGCUCCUCCUCCUGGCGCUCCUCCUCCCCCUCGCCGCGGUCGCCGUGCCGCGCGGACACCGCUUUCCGUCGCUCCAGCUCUCGCCGGUCAACGCCUCGGAGCCACCCACCGCCUUCUUCGAGGUGGACCGCCCGAUCCAGCCUCCGCGCGGCAGCGUCGGGCCCUGCUCCGCGCUGCUCCUCUCCGGCUCCUUCGGCUACACCUACGGCCGCCCUCCGGCCACCGCCGCCUACGCGCCGCCCGAGUGCCUCGCCGCCGCGCGCGCCGGGGGCGGGUCGCUCGCGCUCGCGGUGCUCGAGUGGAGCGCCGACUGCCGCGGCCGCCAGUUCGACCGCAUCUUGGGCGUCUGGCUCUCCGGCGCCGAGCUCCUGCGCAGCUGCACCGCCGAGCCGCGCCCCAACGGCAUCCUCUGGUCGGUCUCCCGCGACGUCACCAGGUACGCCGCCCUCCUCUCCGAGCCUGGCGAGAUCGCGGUGUACCUUGGCAACAUCGUCGACAGCACGUACACCGGCGUCUACCACGCCAACCUCACCCUCCAUCUUCACUUCCACUCCACAACUCCGUCACCGCCGCCAACGCCGCACGCCGAUUUGAUCCUGCCCAUCUCGAGAAGCCUGCCUCUGAACGACGGGCAGUGGUUCGCCAUCCAGAAUUCGGCCGAUGUGCAGUCAAAGAAGCUCGCCAUUCCGUCGAACACCUACAGGGCGGUCCUUGAGGUGUUCGUUUCGUUCCACUCCAGUGACGAGUUCUGGUACACGAACCCUCCCAACGAGUACAUUGAGGCCAACAAUUUGUCCAGCAUUCCUGGCAAUGGUGCGUUUCGGGAGGUUAUUGUUAGAGUCGACGAACACGUCGUCGGUGCUGUUUGGCCGUUCACUGUCAUCUACACCGGUGGUGUCAACCCGCUUCUCUGGCGGCCAAUCACCAGCAUUGGCUCAUUCAACCUACCUACCUAUGACAUUGAUAUCACGCCAUUCUUGGGCAAGCUCAUGGACGGCAAGGAGCACAAUUUUGGGUUUGCUGUGACCAAUGCAUUGGAUAUGUGGUACAUUGAUGCCAAUCUGCAUCUGUGGUUGGAUCACAAGAGCAAGAAGACAGUCGGGAGCUUGAUCAGCUAUGAUGCAGCUUCGUCGGCAAAUGUGGACUCACAGUUCAGCGGGCUGGACGGGCGGUUCGUGACGAGCGCAAGCCGGCAUGUCUCCGCCACCGGGUGGGUGGAAUCGUCGCACGGAAAGGUCAUGACAACUUUCUACCAGAGAUUCAGCUACAAAAACAGCAAUGUGUAUAGCAAGAGCGGCAGUGAGCAAGUGGUGAACCAAACGAUCGACGCCAAUUCAGGUGUUUCCGCCACGAACGGCGCCAUGCUGCUGCUCUCAGAAGAAGUUCACCAGGUCUUCCCACUCUAUCUUUUCUCUGGGACCUCGGACGAAGUGGGUGAUGAGUACUCGCUGGUUUCGGUUGUCAAGCUGGGCAUCAAUGAGAAGAGGGCCUCUGGUGGGGAGCAAGGCUUCUCAUACAGCUCUCUGCAGAAUGAGCAGUCGGCACGCGGUAGUAUGAGGGUGAAGGGGAAUUUGGUGACUUCUGGGUCCGGUGAGAACCACCAGGUGUAUAAAUAUGUGGGUACCGAUGGAUGCUACUUCAGAGAUGUCAACAGCAAGAACUACACUGUCGUUUUCGACCACUCUGGUGACUCGUGCUUAAAGGGAUCAUCACGAGUUAAUGGCUCCAGAUUGCCCUCCAGUUAGUUUAGACGAUCUGUUGAUCGAACUGUACUGCAAGUUAGAGAAUAAGAUUGCAUAGGCUAUCCUGUGCCUCGUGUGGUAGGUAGAAAUAUUGGAAAUUUCAAUUUAGACUUACUGUUUUCGAAUGUAUCAGUGACACUCUUAAUUUGGUUCGAAAUGAUUCUGCUCUGCACAGGUUUGAAAUGAACUGUACUACAAGUUACUACUUAUUAAUCAAGCUUCUGACAUUGUUACUGGUUACAUUACAUUAUUUUCUGCAUGUUCACAAGCAUCUGAUCGGGUCUCAUUUUGGCCUUGCUGCGUCUGUUCCAAUCUCCAACUCAGUCGCUCAUGGCUGGAGAACGGAGAGCAAUUUAUAGUCGCAGAAAAAAAAGAAGCCCUAGCCCCUCGAAAAGCUCUCUUGAGUGACACGGGGAAGAACAAAGCGUGCUCACAAGAUGGAUGGGUAUUGCAAUAUGCAGUGCUGGAGGUGUUCUUCCAGUUCAUUCAUAAAAAGAUGUUCAUAUCUCCUGAGCAGUGGUGCAACGCUAUGGGUGGAGAUGGAGGCGGAUGCAACUAAUUUGCUCACAUUGGAAAACGAAGUGCUACCGCUCCAUUGAUGUGGUGGUUUUCCAGCCAGCUCCUUUCUUUCUGAGCCUUUCAAGUUCCUUUUCUACAGAACGAAACUUCUGUUUGCCGCACGUUCUUCGCUGAGCCCACUUGUUGCCUUCAGCAAUUCAAACUUCCGCUGGAGACUUGGCUUUGUCAGUGGAAAUUCCAGGCAGCACCGACUUAUGCAGCGAAGGAUGGUUACCUUUCUCACGCCACCUCGUAGCCCCCUUGGAUUAUGCCCUUCUGACUCUUGACUGCUAGGAUUAAGCUUGCAAGCUGCACUGUAUACAGACCUUCUUACUUCCCAUGUGAAAAGAGGGGGUAAGAAGGAGCAUAUGUUAAAAUCCCAAAUUCUAAUUAGUGCAGCUGCACUUUUUACGGUUCCGGAGCACACACCCUUCCCAGCCGUAGGAUCUUGAUCGCGAGUCUCAGUUGUCGGCCGGUCGGAGAAAAUAAAUGCGGAUCCACGACCGCAUCUCUCUGUCACGACCCACUCCUCUCUCAACCGGUCAAUCCCCACGACCUCUCUCCCCCUAAGCGCAUCUUCCUCCACGCCCGACCACCUCCCUCCAUGCCACAGCCACAGCCACCUCCCACGCUGCCCCCGCCCCAGAUCGCCGCCGACGUGGCCCCACCUUCCUACCAUCCCCAGCCAACUCCCUUCCCUGCCUCUAAACAACACCGGCCGUCCACCUCCCCUGGCGCGUCGAUCCGCCUCCAUCCAUCACGGUACAUCACCGCCAUGGCUAGAUCCGCGAGAUCCGCUGCGCCACGCCUCCACCGGCCUAGCCUCGCGCUGGCGCCUCCACCGAGUCAAAUCCCACGCUGGAGCCCCCCAACCUUCUUCUCCGCCGACGCACCUCGGUCGGCAGCGAAUCAUCCCCUGCGACACGGCGCGGCCCCGUCCCAGACCGGCAGCGAAUCAUCCCAGCUCUCCUUAUCGGCAUCGUCCUGGGCCCUGCCGCGUCGAUCUCUGGCCGGGUCCAUGCAUCCCGCGGCUGAAGGUCCCCGCCGGAUCUGGACCCUUCUCGUCCAACGACGACAACAAAUUCUCCGGCCGGCCCCAGAGGAUUCCAACCGGCGAAGGGUCCCUGCUCGCACGCCCCUCGAGACCCCUGCAGUCCAGAACUCCCUGGCCACGCAACCUAGGAAGGAUCCUCGCGCAGCAUUCCCAGAGCUGUGGGUUGGAUCGAGGGCGUGGACACGACCUGCUGGGUCUGAUGCGGGAGGGUGUGGUAGACUACCGAUCUGCUACACAACCCGGCAGGAGGCUCCUGGUUAACAUUCUGACAGCGCUGCUCAGGUUGUGAUACUCACUGCUGCUGCUGAUGUGGUUCUUUGAGGCGGAUGUUGGCUGGGUGCAAUGCGGACAAACGUCGCCAGCCCAGGAAGCACUGGAUGGGUUUUGACAAUGUUCAGGGCAUGGAUGAUGCCAAGCAGAAGCUUGUCAAGGAAGGGGGCACAACACCAUGGAGGGGUUGGGAGGGUGGGUGGGUACUCAGUAGUACAUAGUUACCCAACUAUAGCUCACAAGAUGUCGGACAAAAAGGCAACCACAAACGAAUGAGAAUGUAGCUAAAGAAGGCCAGAGAAAGGAGCACCUGUAGUUAAAUUGCUCUCAUAGCGGUUCGUCAUGAAUCUCUUCUCUUUUGGGCGGGAUUACUUGGUGCGAGCAGAGAUACUUGGAGAGUGAUGCAACCAACGGACGGUUCUGCUUAGUGACGAAGCUGAUCACCUCCCAGCUGGCAUCCUUUAGCUUAACAAUGAAUGGUUUCUCUCACAUAGAUUUGAAAUAUGUGUUCUCACAGUAACAAAAUAUCCUAUUUUUUAUUCUAAUGUCUUGUUUCUUAUGCAGAAGGUACGAUCGAUAGGCCCGGAUUGGUGAGGAUCAAUUACCCAAACAUACAUGGACACCCCAAAGGCGCCUGCACUACUGGACCUCCUUUUCUUUCUUUUUUGUAAACUCGGGAGCUUCUAAGUUGCACAUGACUGAUGCAUAAGUCGCACAAAAGUGUCCAUAGAGUUGCCUGUCCGAACCAUUUUUGUGUUGCUGUACAUUUGCCCUCAUCUUUCUACAUGUACAUGUAACUCUCUUUGUUUUCCCUUUUCCUAACUCUCUUUGUUGCCUCUGAUGUACACAAAACUCGCUUAAAUACACACCGGAGUUGCUUACCAGUAGCAACUCCUUUGAUCA